AUGGUCCAUCAUGUGGAUCAGCGACAAAUUGAAUUAUUACUUUUACCGUCAAAAUUUCCAAUUCUUUCUUCUUCCACACAACACGUAGCGUAUUCCAUGCGAGAUAAAUUAUAUUAUUUAAUGGAUAGGAGAAAUCUGAAAUGGUUAUCAUUGGCUGUAUUAGUUUUUCAAACUACACUUCUUGUCCUUAUUUUACACUAUUCACGUGUCCAAAAAGUUGAUGGACCAAGAUAUUUGUCAUCGACAGCUGUAGUUACCGCUGAAAUAAUCAAGUUGCUUACGUGUGUCGUCUUUAUUGCACAUCAGCACUCAUGGAAUUAUGUUGGAUUCUGGAACGAAAUUUACACAGAAUGUUACAUCAAAUCGAAUGAUGCUUUGAAAACGGCUAUUCCAGCAUUUUUAUACGUUGUGCAAAAUAAUCUACUUUUUUUGUCUUUGUCGAAGCUUGAUGCAGCUACUUACCAGGUAACUUAUCAAUUGAAAAUCCUCACAACAGCAUUAUUUUCCGUUGCAUUACUGGGAAAAAAACUGGACAGUCAAAAAUGGAUAUCACUGUUGCUGCUAACGAUUGGAAUAGCUUUAGUGCAACUACCCAAGGAUUUGGGUAAAGUAACAUCAUUAACAGCAGAACUUUCCGUAUCAACUGAUUCGGAGAGAAUGGUUGGAUUGCUCGCUGUCAUUGCAGCUUGUUUUUCGAGUGGUUUUGCGGGUGUUUAUUUUGAAAAAGUCUUGAAAGGUUCUUCGGUUUCACUUUGGAUGCGGAAUUUGCAACUUGCAUUCUUCAGCCUUUUUGGUGGUUUUUCUAUGGUCUGGUUUUAUGAUUCUAAGCAAAUAAACGAGUAUGGUUUUUUUCAAGGAUAUAACAGUAUAAUUUGGAUUGUUGUUUUACUUCAGGCUUAUGGUGGACUUGUCGUGGCUUUAGUGGUGAAAUAUGCUGAUAAUAUACUAAAAGGUUUUGCUGUGUCAUUUUCGAUUGUGCUAUCCAGUUUAAUAUCCUACUGGUUGUUGGAUGAUUUCCAACCAUCAUUGAUUUUUGCUAUUGGUGCAAUGGUUGUUAUUUUUUCAACAUUUUUUUACGGAUAUGAACCAAAGCAAUUGCCUAAGUUGGUGCAAUUAGAAAGCUGA